GCGCGCGGCUCCGCGGCCCGGGGCAGCGGCGGGGACAGCGUCCGGCAGUGGCGCGGCGGACGGACGGACCGACCGACAGACAGACCGACGGGCCGGCGCGGGUGCCUGCGGCCGCCAUGGAGGUGUGCGAGAGCGGCGGGGAGCAGCCGCCGCUGCUGCACUGGGACCGCAAGCUGAGCGAACUGUGCGAGCCCGCAGACCCCGACACGCUGCUGAACCGCACGCACUUCACAGAGUUCCUGGAUGAAUUUUCACCUGAUGUCCUAGGUCAGCUCUUGAAUGAUCCCUUCUUGUCUGAGAAGAAUGAAAUAAUGGAAGUGGAACUGUCUCCAGCAUCCCCAGCACCCCUCAUCCAGGCUGAACACAGCUAUUCCCUCUGUGGGGACUCCCGACCACAGUCUCCCUUGACCCACAUCUCGACUGAUGACAACUUUAAUGAAGGUGACCUGGAAAAUGAGGAAUGGUGUCUGGCUACAGAGUUUACUCCAGCUGCAAUAAAGACUGAGCCAGGGCUUUGUGAGACAUCAGGCCUUGCUCCCUCAGUCAGUCUCACCGUCACGACCACGUCGCUGGAGGGGGAACAGCCUGAGCUACAGACAGAUGCCCUGAUGAAACCACUGACCCAGAAAGUUCUUCCAGAGAUUAAAUUGGAGCCCCAUGAAGUGGAUCAGUUCCUGAACCUCUCUUCUAAGGAAGCAGUGGAUCCCCUGCAUUUGCCUCCCACCCCUCCGAGCAGCCAUGGCAGUGACUCCGAAGGAGGGCAGAGCCCAGCUCGCUCGCUCCCUCCUUCCAGCCCAAUCCAGCUCCAGGCCGCGGCGAAGGUUGCGUCACGCACAGCUUCGAUGCUCUCUAAUUCCCCUCUCCUGACUGCACCACAUAAAUUACAGGGGACUGGCCCCCUCAUCCUGACAGAGGAAGAGAAGAGGACACUGAUAGCAGAGGGCUACCCAAUCCCUACCAAACUGCCCCUGACAAAAGCAGAGGAGAAAGUUCUAAAGAAAAUCCGCAGGAAAAUAAAAAACAAGAUCUCUGCCCAGGAAAGUAGAAGAAAAAAGAAAGAAUACAUGGACAGUCUGGAAAAAAAAGUUGAGACCUGUUCAAAUGAAAACAGUGAGCUGCGUAAGAAGGUUGAAGUCCUGGAGAACACUAACAGAACACUUCUGCAGCAGUUGCAGAGACUCCAAGCCAUGGUUGCUGGCAAAGUGUCCCGCUCGUGUAAGGCAGCUAGCACACAAACAGGGACCUGUCUUAUGAUGGUGGUGCUGUGCUUUGCAGUAGUUUUUGGCAGCUUCUCUCAGAGCUAUGGGCCAUAUCCUUCUGCUACAAAGAUGGUGUUGCCCAGGCAGCAUUCCUCACCGGAGUCCUACACAGAUUCCAUUGUGAGGUCAAGGAGUCUGCUAAUUUAUGAAGAGCCUCAACAACUGGAGGAGCCACCAAGCCCGAUCUCCUUCGCAGAUCGCAGUGACAGGCAAACAGACACCUCCAAGUUCACAGCACUGUCCCUGGAGGCUGUGUCAGGGACACAGCAAGAUGAUAUCAUGCAGUUCACAAUAGCCAACGAGACAAGGCUAGAGAAAUCAGUGCUGCUGGGCCUACAGCAGCACAGAGUCAACUCCGAACUAGAAGGAAAUGAAACACUGAAGAUAAUUGAAAUAGAUAGAAGAGUCAAUGCCACCUCUUAAAAAUAAAAAUGCCUUUUUUCUUGA